AUGUCUAUUCGAGACAGUACGACUUCUACCUCCACGAUGUGUAGACAAAGAGUAGUUUAUUACACCAUAGUGGUCCUAUUAUUAAAAAUAACCUAUUCCUAUGUUUUGGCUGAACAAAAUCACUUAAUUCCAGAACAAUGGGCAUUAGAAGGCAUGCCCUUUAUAUCAAUUAUUUUUGCAACGUCGGAAUAUUUGCCGGCUGGGCCAUGCAAGGAAGACACACGGAGAUUUUUGCAUGACCUACUUAAAGGUUCACUAUGGGCUACGCAAAUGUUCGAUUCUUCUACAAAAUAUCCGGAUGGUAUAUUCUACGGACAUACAAGACAUCUAGGAAAUUUUGAUGAAUGUUAUAACAUACAAGUUAAUAUCACAGAAGAGGGUACUGAUGUUCAUGAAAUUAAUGGAAAAUAUUGCUUAAUCGAUAUUAUAUAUAAGAAGAAGCAAACUGUAUCAGUCCAACAAAAAUCAUCAGAAACAAAAUACAUGAACAAUUCCUUAGACUUAACCAAUUCUUUUUGGAAAGUAUUAGAGCAAUUGGAAGGUCACCCAUAUCGUAUACGCAGAAAUCGUUUACAAUUGGCUUUGUGUGUACCGGCGACCUGCAGUGCGGAAAAUAUAGAAACAGCCUUGAAAAUAUCUUUAAAAGGACUUGGAACAAGUAAAAAUAUUGAGUUGCAGACAAGUGUGCAACCUAAUUCUUGUCAUACAGUCAAAGAAGGGCCAAAGUUUACUCUUGGUGCCGGAGUUUACUGUGUUGUACUUGUCGCUUUGCUGAGUCUGGUCAUAAUCAGCACUUGGUACGACCGUACGCCAAGUGGAGAUGGAAAUAAUAUGUCUGUAAUACGAAAUAUCAUGCUACACUUUUCUGCUCGGAGAAAUUAUGAAAAAAUUUUCAACGUAAAUUAUACACAUACAGGGCUUGACUCUAUAUAUUUUAUACGGUUUUUUAUUAUCAGUUUGACGGUUUAUAUGCAUAAUGUAAUACAAUAUAUAUUUAUUCCCAUUAUUAAUGUAGUUGAUAUAGAAGAGAUAUACAAAAUACCUUUGAUUACAUUAAUAGUGAACGCUACAGUCACAAUAAACAUAAUGUUCGCCUUGAGCGGCGUUCUACACGCAUUUCAAUUAUUGAAAGACUUGGAUCAAAAUAAACAAUUAAAAUUUGUUAAAAAUGUCGCAUUGAGAUACAUGAGGUUAAUACCGUUAUAUGCUACAAUAAUUGGCUUCUACAUUUGGAUCUUUCCACUACUGGGAUCCGGACCAUUUUGGAAUCAUGUGGUCGAAGAAUGCGCUCAUUGUGCAAAAAAUUGGUGGAUAAAUCUCUUGUACAUUCACAAUUACGUCGCAGUUUCGGAAUUCUGCAUCACCCACAGCUGGUAUUUAGCAGCAGACUUUCAACUUUUUGUUUGCAGUCAAUUUAUAAUAUAUGCAUUUUGGUGUAUGCCGCGCAACAUAGGGUAUCCUUUUCUCGGGAUAUUAACAUUAAUAAGUUGCACUGUAUCUUUUGUUGCCACUUACCUAUACGAUGCAUCUUCCAUCCUACGAUUUACACCAUACAUAACAAAAUUAGCAGAUCUACCAGAAUUCAAGGCAUAUUAUAUCAAAACACAUAUGUCUGCUACUGGAUACCUUGUUGGUAUAAUAGCUGGUGCAAUACUUCACGAUCACAAAGGCAGUUCGUGGCGUUUGUCUAAGUUCUGGUCAAACAUCUUGGUUUGUCCGAUGCCUGUGGUUUUAUAUGUCGCCAUCCAAUAUUGGGCGCAUAAAUUUUUUAUAUUGAGCAAACUGAAUCUGUUGGAAGAAGCAAUUUUUGCAUUUUUCCAAAGGCUUAUUCCCGCCUUAUGCACAUGUUCUAUAAUAGUUUUGUCAUCCAUCGGCACUCAAUCAAAAUUUUACCACCGUUUCUUUACAUCUCGUUGGAUACAGCCAUUAGCAAAUUUAACUUAUGGAGUUUACAUAGUAAUUUUAUAUUUCUUACAUCUGACAUGGAACAAACAAAAACUGCAAAAACGUUUAGCUUUUUAA